AUGGAAGGUUCAGCUGCGAACAUCGUGUUCCGCCAGUCGUGGAAUAAUUUGGUGGAUUUGCCUGCAAACUUGUCGUCGUUGCUUUAUAAUGCCAAUGUCUCUCCCCAGGAAGUGGUGGUUGAGCUUGUGACUCAGGCCCAGAAUAAGUGUUAUGUGGGCUGGUCAGGUAUGAGUGCUGGCGGCGCCAGGAACUUGGGUAUCGACUCGAUUUUGGCCCAGUCGUUGCGUUUGGCCGAGAAACAGCUCGUCACGGUGAAUGUGAAAAUUAGAAAUUUCAAGGCCUCCAGUAUCUUUUUGGAACCUGAACAUUCUUCCGAUUGGGAACUCGUGGAGCUUCAUGCGGCAUACAUUGAGUCCAAAUUGAUUGAACAGUCCCGUUGUGUGGCCGUCGGUCAGGUAUUGGUCGUCUACCCUACUAAGACCUCGUCUGUCAAACUCCAGGUUAAGGAUAUUGGCUCCCAGGAACAUAGUUACGCCAUUAUUGAUCCUUUUGCUGAAAUAAGCAUUGCUCCAAAACUUCGUGAGAAAAAGAGAUCAUCGUCCCAGUCCGUCAAAUCGGGUAGAUCAUCCAGAUCGACCGUGGAUGAGGCUUCCUUGGGUCCAUCGGUGUUGAAGAGAGGUAUCGCUCUUCCGAAUAAAUUGUUUACGACGGAAAACACGGAUGGCUACACGCUUCACGUCAACUUUGAAGAGGUUUUGCAUGUUUUCAACCGUGCUGAGUUUGUGACGGUCUCGGUACUUCCUGGUCCCGAUACUAAAAUCAACGCUGCUCCAAGCGAUACGCCUGACCAGAACCAGGGCCAGGACGAUAAAAAGAAAGACAAGAAUAGCAGUAAGGCAGUGACGGAAAAUAAGACAAUUGUCGCUAGAAUAGUGAAUUCUCCUAAAUGCCCUGCAAACACUGUCGGUCUCAGUCAAAAAUUAGCCAACGCUCUUAAUGUGGAACAUAAGGUUGGCUUCAAAGUUGCUGUCAGACAAGCACCUAAACAUGUCUCCAAGCGUCCGUCUACCUUGAUCGUGCAUCCAUACAUUACCCAAACCAAAAAGACUGAGUCAAUCCAGCUCAACUCGUCCACCAAGGCACAGAAAAACCAAAAUUUGGCCCAAAACAUCUCAAAGGUGCUCUUCGAUCCUGAAGUCUCCAUAACGAAAUCUCCAAUUACGAACCUUGUGAAGAUACCGCCUAUCCCUGCUAUUCUCCCUCUUGGAGCUAUUCUAGAAUUCAAGAAGAACAGCGACACACAUGCAUGGAUCAAGCCAUAUGAACUCACAGGAUCCAAGAACCCACCUAAGAUAGAAAUCGGUGAUGAUGUCUUGAGAAGCGCUUCUUUCCUUGAGACAGAUGAGCCAGAGACCCUUGAUGAAGUCUACGGGUCGAAUGAUGUGAUCGAAGAGAUCGUUGACUAUGUCACAACGUUCCCUAACUCUGGUAUCAUGCUUCACGGAACUUCAGGUAGCGGUAAAACUUUGCUUCUCAAGUGGAUUGCACGCAAGCUUGGACAAGAACAUGGCGUUCACACAAAGGUCGUCUCUUGUGAGUCGUUCAUGAACGAAAAUUAUGACCAACUAAGCGCAAACUUCACUAAGUGGAUUCAAGAUUGCUCAUGGAAUGAUCCUUCUGUUUUGAUUUUAGAUAAUCUAGACAAGGUUUUAUCCGCUGAGGUGGAACAAGGUGACUCUACCUUAUCCAACCAGUUGUCUGAGUUCCUCAUCUCACAAAUUCAAAAAAUCCAUUCACAAAACAACACCAAUCUUUCCUUAAUCGUCUCAGGAAUUUCCAAGGAGGCAUUCAACAAGCUUUUGGGUAUGAUGCAUCUUGUUGAGUCCUAUUACCACUUGAGUCCUCCUCAGAAGAAUGCUCGUGCUACAAUUUUGGAUGAGUAUUUGAUUAAGAAGCUUGGCUGCAAGGUCAACUUCGAUCUCAUGGACAUUGUUUCCGAGACCGAGGGCUACCUACCUAAUGACUUGAAAUUGUUGAGUGAUCGUAUUUUCCAUGAGAGCUUGUUCAAUGCUGCUUCUUCUGAGCAGAAGGAUCAGUACAUUGUUGAUAAAGCUUCAUUCGAGAAAGCACUCCUGGGAUUCAUGCCUUCCAACUUGAGAGGAGUCAAGUUGCAGAAGUCCUCCACCAGUUGGGCAGACAUCGGUGGUUUGACAGAAGCAAAGAGAGUUCUUUUAGAAACUUUGGAGUGGCCUACCAAAUAUGCUCCUAUUUUCGCCAACUGUCCUUUGCGUUUAAGAUCUGGUAUCUUGCUCUAUGGAUAUCCCGGUUGUGGUAAAACAUUACUCGCAAGUGCCAUUGCUGGUCAGUGUGGUCUCAAUUUCAUCUCCAUUAAAGGUCCUGAAAUCUUGAACAAGUAUAUCGGUGCUUCUGAGCAAUCGGUCAGAGAACUUUUCGAACGUGCCCAAUCGGCAAAACCAUGCAUUCUUUUCUUCGAUGAGUUCGAUUCCAUUGCCCCCAAGAGAGGUCAUGAUUCCACUGGUGUCACUGACAGAGUGGUUAACCAGAUGUUGACCCAAAUGGACGGUGCGGAAGGUCUUGAUGGUGUCUACGUUUUGGCUGCUACAAGUAGACCAGAUUUGAUCGAUUCUGCUUUGUUGCGUCCUGGUCGUCUCGAUAAGAGUAUCAUUUGCGAUAUGCCAAAUUAUGACGAUAGACUUGACAUUUUGAAGUGUAUCAGUGCCAAAAUGGACUUGAGUGACGAUGUUAACUUGGAAGACAUUGCCCAGAAUACUGGCGGAUUCAGCGGUGCUGAUAUGCAAGGAUUGGGCUACAAUGCCUAUUUGAAGGCUGUGCAUGAGAAGUUGGCAGCUACUGAAGCUCUCACUGUUGAUACAUCAAAGGAUGAUAAGUCUUAUGACUUUUUCCAAGUCAGCUCUGAAAAGCUCAAGAGUCAAAAGAUCAGACCCGCAGAAAAAGUGAAGGUCCUCCAACAAAUCGAAAAGUUAUUCGAGGACGAGAAGGACGAGAAGAAGGUGGACAAGAAGUCUCAAGGUAAGGAAAACUCAAAGGUAAUCCUCACUCAAGAACAUUUCUUGGAGAGUUUGAAGGAAACGAAGCCCUCCAUUUCUGCCUCUGAGAAGACCAAGCUCCAGCGUGUUUACACGCAAUUCUUGACUGGAAGGGACGGUACGAUGCCUGACGGUAGCGCCAGUAACGAAGUUGGCGGCCGUACUACACUCAUGUAA